AAUUAGUAAUUGUUCCUAGAGGGGUUGCCGAAUUCAAGUCCACGCCCAAUCGCCAUAUUUGUUUCUCACCGGUCUGCAUUGAGUAUACGUGGAGUUAACGUAAAUCCUAUUGGUUUUAAUUUUACAAGCAGUACUUUUAAAGUACUGGUAUUUUCUUAAACACGUGAUACUGGUGGACUUGCAGCCAUGCCGCGUCCACACAUCAAUGUCCGUGUUACCACCAUGGACGCUGAGCUGGAGUUUGCCAUCCAGCACAGUACAACGGGCAAACAACUGUUUGACCAGGUGGUAAAGACUAUAGGAUUAAGAGAAAUCUGGUUUUUUGGCCUCCAGUAUAUUGACAGCAAAGGAUACAGUACUUGGCUAAAACUUAAUAAGAAGGUUAUGAGUCAAGAUGUAAAGAAAGAGGUCCCACUUCAGUUUAAAUUCCGCGCCAAAUUUUUCCCUGAGGAUGUUUCAGAAGAAUUGAUUCAAGAUAUUACACAGAAAAUGUUUUUCCUCCAAGUGAAAGAAGGUAUUUUAUCAGAUGAGAUCUACUGCCCCCCAGAAACAGCAGUUUUGUUAGCAUCAUAUGCUUGUCAGGCUAAAUAUGGGGACCACACUGAAGACAACCCUAAACCAGGUGCUCUAGCCAAUGACAGGCUACUCCCACAAAGAGUGUAUGAUCAACACAAAUUGUCCAAAGAGCAGUGGGAAGACAGAAUAAAGAGUUGGUAUGGUGAACAUAAAGCCAUGUUAAGGGAAGAUGCAAUGAUUGAAUAUCUUAAAAUUGCACAAGAUUUGGAGAUGUAUGGUGUAAAUUAUUUUGAAAUUAAGAACAAAAAAGGAACAGACUUACUUCUUGGUGUUGAUGCUCUAGGCUUAAAUGUUUAUGAAAAGGAUGAUAAAUUAACUCCAAGAAUUGGGUUCCCUUGGAGUGAGAUUAGGAAUAUAUCUUUUAAUGACAAAAAAUUUGUUAUCAAACCUAUAGAUAAAAAAGCACCAGACUUUGUCUUCUAUGCUCCUCGUCUGCGUAUUAACAAAAGAAUUUUAGCAUUGUGUAUGGGCAAUCAUGAAUUGUAUAUGAGAAGAAGAAAGCCAGAUACAAUUGAAGUACAACAAAUGAAGGCUCAAGCUAGAGAAGAUAAAUUAGCUAAACAACAAGAGAGAGCACAGUUGGCUCGUAUGAGAAUGGAAAGGGAGGAGUCUGAUAAGUUGAGGAAAGACUUGGAAGAAAAAGUUAAACUCAUGGAAGAAGAACAGAAAAAACGAAUGAAAGAACUUGAGGAUAUGCAACUUAUGAUUAGAGAGAGGGAUGCCAAGGUGGCUGAGUUGACCAGGCUAAGAGAAGAGUUAGAUGAGGAAAGGCGGAAGGCUGAAGAACUUCAGAGGGAGAUUGAGAGGAACCAAGAAAUGGAGCAGUGUGAAAAGGAAAGACUGGCGGCUGAGCUGGCAUUAACCAAAGCUUCCUUGUAUGAGAGAUUAAAUGAAAUUGAAACCAAGGAGACUGUUGUGUCAUCUCUGUACUCCGAGCUGGAGACUGCAAGAAAAAGUGCGGAAGAGAAGGAGCAUGAGCUUAACAGGGUGAUGACAUACAGUCAACAGAGAGAACAGGAGCUCCAGGCUCAGCUGCUGGUCAGGUCAGAGAUGCAUGACCAGCAUGAUGAAGGAGAGGAGAACGAGGGAGAUGACACUAAGGAAUUUGAUGCUGGUCUUAGUAUUGAAGAUUCAGAUUUGCUUUUGCCCAGACCUGAGGAGGAAAGAGAAACACAGCAAAGCAAGGACAAGAGACUUCAAGAGCAACUUAGGGCUCUAAAAGAGGACUUGGAUGCUGAGAAGACCAAACAGAAUGCCAUAGAUCUUUUACAUCAGGAGAACAUGAGGCAGGGAAGGGACAAAUACAAGACGUUGAAACAGAUCAGACAGGGCAACACCAAACAGAGGGUGGAUGAGUUCGAGUCCAUGUAACCCACUGCCAUGUUAAAUAGUAAUACCAUCAAACAUUUUAGUUGCUUUUUUUUUUUUAAAACAAAUUAUUUACAAUGUACAUCUUAGACACUAACUGAAGUGCGGUAUCACUUUGUUGGAUCCUAUUAAUUUGACCCAGGAAAUCAAAUUUACAUGAUCGAUUUCAUUUUAAAGUUUAAAAUUUAUUCUUUAAAAGCUGUUUUUUAAUAUAUAAUUAACAAUAUUUGGCUAGUCAUCAGAAUAGUUUUUGGCCGAGCGCAAUCAUUUCCUGGAUCACAUUAGCUCCUACAGCUUGUUGCUGCAAAUGGUAUGUCCAAAGUUUCUGAUUAAUGUGCUUCUGUUGCGUGUUAUAUUCCAUGUUAAUUGAAGCAUAGUGUAUUCAUAUCCAGACUCCCCUACAAUUAUAUAAACGCAUGUUGAAUGGAUGGUAGCUGUAGGUUUAUAGCCAUUUUUUGUAUUGUUUUCUUUUUUUUUGUGUUGUAUAGAGAGUAUGUCUGCUCUUGCAAGAAACAUUUAUAUUAGGCUUCAAAUAUAACUUGAGUGAAAAUGUUUUUCUUUUUUGUUUGUGCAUGCCUAUCAAUUACUUAAAUCAUGUAGUUUUGAAAAGUAUCAAAGUUUGAACAAAAGUUGACUUUCUUUGUAUAGUAUAAAUUUCUAAACAUGUCAUAAGCCCUGUGGACUUUUUGGCGUGCAAUCAUUUUUUUUUUAUAAUUUUUAUUUAAGGGGGCAGUAUCACCCAGACUAAGGGAGGAAAACAAAAAUAUUCACCAAAAAAAAACUAUUCGACAUACACAUGUCAAAAUUGUACAGCAGUAGUAACGGUUCUUCUGCAAUAAUACAGUAUAUAAAUUGUAGGGUAUAUGUAUAGCAACAUAUUUGCAAAAAAUUAUUUUGUUCAUAUUUUAUUACAUUUUGAAUUUUGUGUAAACAAUUUUCCGAAACCAUAAGUAAAGUACUUAAAAUUUGCUAUAAACCUUCCUUGCGUUAAUGGCUAUCGUCUGAACUAAAAUCAUAGGAUUCUAAUGAGGGAUAAAUUUUUUAGAAAAUUUCUAAGUUCAAUUUUUUUUGUCUGACUUUGAAAAAUUCUAAAAAUUUCAAAAUUUGUCACAAUGGAUAUCUUCUAGUUCCAGCGAUAGGCUAUCCUGUUAUGCAUCUCCCAGUGUAUUUUCAGCAGGAAGGGCCUAAAUGUUGGAAAACCGCAGCCACAAAUUACUUAGUGAAAAAUUUUUGGUUAUAUUAUUUUUAAAAAAUGUUUGCAUCAUACGUUAACUUUCUUUUAUGUGCUGUUUUAUAGCUCCUUAUUAAUUACUAUUAUGGUAAAAAAAUUAUGUGUGUAUGUGUAAUAGUUUUUUUUUGGCAAAUUUGUUUGUCAAUUUUCAAAUGUCUGGGUGAUACUGCCCCCUUAAUGUGAUGUUGGGUGUAAAUUAUAAAGUUUUAUGAUCAGUUUCAAAUUAGAUUAUUUUCAAAAAAAAAUUGAGUGCAUUGGGGUUGUUUUUUUUUUUUUUAAAUUCCACUUGAUGUGUAUUGAAGACUGUUUGUUUGUAUCAUUCCACACAUCCAUUUCAAGCAAUACACACUGAACACUUUGCUCUCUUAUGGCAAUUAGCUUAAUUUGUUUUUUUUUUAAUUUUUGGUGGGUUUUGGGUUUUUUUUAAACCAUCAGUCCGCAUAAGUUGGUAUGCUUGCUCAUAUUGUUCUAGUGGUUUCUUCCAGUAUGUAUGUUUGUGUGUUGGUUUUAUUUUUUUUUUGUAAGAUUUAUAGUUUAUAUUUCUUUGUACAAUCAAAAUUAUUGUAGCUGCCCCUAAUUUUGUUUUUCAUGCUUAUACUUGCCACUCAAAGAACAGAAGAAAUAUUUUUGUUCAACAAAAACAAUUUGGAAAAGGAAUGGCCAGUUUAGACAAAAAUGAACACAAAAUUUACGAAAUUAAAACGAAAUUUUUAUACUACCCUAGUGUUAGUAUUUGUUCUAAUUUACACCUUGGCUUGCUAGCAUGUUUGGACUUAAGUUAUUACUAUGCAAACUAAAACUGUAUGAUGUUUAAAUAAAGAACUUGUCAAAACGA